AUGGACACUCUGAACCAGUCAGUGUCGGAAGUGCUCUCCGAAAAUCUUCAAAAAGUGGUCGACUACUGGUACAAUGAAAAUUCAGGAAUCGAUCGACACUCAACGACGACAAAAGACAUUGGUUUAAUCUCACUUCUGAAGGAAUCAAUCGAUAAAGGAGGCGAGUAUUCCGAGUAUCCGAUAGUCAAAUUCAUGUGGGAGACGUUGCCAGAGAGUGAUAUGAAAGUACUCAAGAAUCUAGUCAAAAGAGAGAGGGCGGAGUCUCGAGAGGCGGAUGAUGAAGACGUGCGAAUGGAGACGAUGGAGUUCAGUGAGAUGUCUGUGGAGCAGUUUGAGCAGUUGGAGAAGAGAUUUUGUAUGGAACCGUAUCCGACGAGAGAGGAACGGAAGGAGAUUGCACAGAUGGUUGGCAUGAGUCUUGAGAAGACAACGAGAUGGUUCAAAGGACGUCGAUACGAAGAAGGUGUGCAACGAGAAGCCGCCGGACAGGAGUCGCUGAAGGAGGAGUUGCAGAGGAAAGCGGUACGUGCCGACGCCAACGGAAAUAGUCUUCCGACAUUGGAAAGUCCUCAGGACCCUGAGACCGCCCGUGAGCUCCGUGACACGCGUCGAGAGCUCCGAGAAGCGCGUCGGGAGCUCGAAUGCUACCGUCAAAUUCACGACAGAAAGGAGGCGGAGCUUGAGGAGAAGACGCUGAAAAUCAAAGAGCUCCGGAGCAGAUGUAAGAAUAUGAACGAGUUAAUUGAAGACCUCAAUUAUGAAAACGGACAGCUCAAGAGGUGUCUGAACGGCGCAAAUGGCUAUGAGGCAUCUGAAAGAAUGAUGGAGUUGGAGGCACAGGUGGAGGAGCUCAGUGAGAAGCGACGAGUGAAGAAUCAUCAGUUGACACGUCUUCAAAAAGAGCUCACGGAGCACAAACAGAUGUUGGAGGGACAAAGGAUCCGGUUGGAAGCGGAGAUUUUGCGGCUUCAAGGAAAAGUGGAAGAGGAAAAAGAGGCGGUGCCAGAGAAGGCGGAGCUUGACGGGCUCCGUGUGGCGUUGAGCGGUGCGAAAUAUGAGAUUAAAAAGUUGGAAUACAAUCUGAAAAUUGAGCAAGGGAAGGUGGAAGCUCUGAAAAUUCCAUUGGGUUCUAAAGCGGAGGAGAAACUGAUCACCCAACAAAGAUAUAUCGAUAGGACACUGAUCCCGAGAAUUCAUUUUUUGGAGGCGGAGCUUAAGGAGUAUAACAAGACGCUGAAAAAGGUGAAUCUGAUGAGAUAUGAGGAGAGACAAGAGGCGGAUUUGAUGAAGAUUCAGAAUAAAUGGAUGCAAAAUACCGUAUUCCGACAGAAGGCGGAGCUUGAGAAGCAGAAAGGGGCGGAGCCAGAGAACCAGGAGCUCCACGAGAUUACACGACUGAAAAUGACGUAUUACGAUCGUGAUGUUGUUGAGGAGACGAAUGUGGUAUUUAUUAAGAAAUUGAUUUUGGAGAAUUUGGAGUUGACAGAGAGGCUUGCGUUGUGGGAGCAAUAA